GAGGGAGAGAGAGAGAGGCAGAGGGAGAGCUGAGGAAAGAAAAAAAGGCAAGACUUGGCACAGCUCAGUCAAAUCAGCUUCUUUUGUCUGCUUUCUCGGCUUGAGCUUCAGGAAAGAAAACCGUCCUGGGGUACAGAAAAACUCAGAACUUUUUGGUUUUCAAACUUAGAAGGCUUUUUAAGUCUCUUGGGUUAUUUGAAAGUGUUGGUACAUACAAUGACGUUUAGUCACCAGUAUUUAGGGAAAUAAAAGCCUUUUUCAAAAGGAAGCUUCCACAGUGUCCAUGCAUGUGGGAAAUACUGUAUUUGAUUUUUUGCAUAUAUGAUUAUACCAUGAGAGACAGGAUUAACAUAGAAGAUGGCAAGGCAAAUUUCUAAUUAGAGAGAAUUUAAUUUUCUACAAAAUAAAGUUUGUUCAUCAGUACAAACCUGCUUUCAAAUCCAAUCAGACAUCCUUCGGAAUGUGUUCAGAACCCAAACAUCAUGUCAAUGGCAACAGGACAGUUGAACCUUUCCCAGAGGGAACACAGAUGGCUGUAUUUGGAAUGGGCUGUUUCUGGGGAGCUGAAAGGAAAUUCUGGAUCCUGAAGGGAGUAUAUUCGACUCAAGUGGGCUUCGCAGGAGGCUACACUCCCAACCCCACUUACAAGGAAGUCUGCUCAGAAAAAACUGGCCAUGCAGAAGUCGUCCGGGUUGUGUACCAGCCAGAAUACAUCAGCUUUGAGGAACUGCUCAAGGUCUUCUGGGAGAAUCACGACCCGACCCAAGGCAUGCGCCAAGGCCAUGACCACGGCACCCAGUACCGCUCGGCCAUCUACCCGUGCUCCGCUGAGCAGAUGGAGGCAGCCCUGAGGUCCAAGGAGGACUACCAGAAGGUUCUUUCAGAGCAUGGCUUCAACCAGAUCACCACUGACAUCCGGGAGGGACAGACUUUCUACUACGCGGAAGACUACCACCAGCAGUACCUGAGCAAGAAUCCAAAUGGCUACUGCGGGCUCGGGGGCACCGGGGUUUCCUGUCCCUUGGGUAUUAAAAAAUGAGUUCUCCCUGCCUGGUGGGUCCCAGAGGCUCCAAAAACAAUCCCUUCACCGAAUGGGAUCAUGCUUCCGGGAUCCACAUUAGUAGCUUUCUGAAGUGCAUGUAGCACAAUAGUAUUUUGCCAAAAUCUGCUUUCUAGUUCAGGUUUAAUUCACAGGACAUGCAAUGGCAAGUUGAUAAAACAUAAUUUGUCUUCCAGUAAGUUAGGGUGGAAGUAAGUUAGCUGUGAGAUUUUCUGGGUUAUUUGAGAUCUCAGUGGAGAUGAUGAACACCCGCAGGCCCUGUGUCCACCCUUUCUGGGUACCUGCCAUGGGAGACAAGGAGGCUGGGAGAUUGCUAGACAGCACUCAGGGAUACUGGGAAUCCUUGAUCUGUGCCCUGUGCCACCUCACAUGCCCUCCUGUCCCCCAGUGCCUUAGUUUGCAAACAUUUACAGCCCCAAUGGAUCACUCGCUGAAACGCUUUGUUCUGCAGAGCCGAGAUGUGUGUGAGAGGCCUCUGCUCCCUUCCUGGCCAUCUCUGUGCAGACCAAAGAUGUGCAUUAGCUUGAUGAAUCUAACACUUUGCUUACAGCAAUGAGAAAUGCUUGUUCUAAUAAAAAUCUCCAUUCAGUAAUACCAACUGCCGGGCGCCUCGUCCAUUUUCCCCUUGUUUAGGAAGGAUAUUUGUAGGCACCGUGAGAUAGAUUAACAAGCUGUAAGAGAGCUCGGGAGGCGAGAAGACUUGUAAUCAUUUUCCCCAAAAUGGAAAAUAUUAUGAUUGAAAUUUUUGGAAAACACGCCCACCUCCAGCUCCUUGCAACUGCAGGGGUAAUAGCUGCUUAUCGGUGCCUGUCCCAUCCAUCACACCAGGGACUACUGUGGCUGUCAAGAGCAGACACCUCAGUCCCUGCCUUGCAGAACCUUCUAUUCUGGACAAGGAGUGGGAGCCAUAAACCAGAAACAUGUAGACCCAUGGAUGAGUGCGUGGAUUUCGGGUCCUGAGAGAAGGCGUGAAAGUGAGAAGGAUGGGGUGGGGAGCUGGGCCUGGGGUGGGCAUCUCAGCUGGGAGGUGAACUUGGGAGCAGAAUGACCUGAGCCAUGUGGUGACCUGCAGGCCACAGCUGGCCGAGAGCACUCACGGUGGCAGAGGUGCCAACUAUCUGCUCCCCCUUCUUGGCACCUUUCAGCUGCUUGGAGCAAAAGCUUUCCAAACAGAAGGGCCUGGGUGAACAAAUGGCCCAGGUCAGGGAGGAACCAGAGGACAGGAAGAUCAGUGGGGUUCAGGGGAUGUGCAGGAGGAGGGUCCCUGAGAGAGCUCGGCAGUGCCCAGACUUGGAGGACCUUCUCAGGACAGGGCCUCGGGCUCUUUAUUGGUUGGGCAGCUGCUGGAGAGUCAAGCAUUUCUUUGGGUGGAUGGUGGUGCUGUUUACCUGUGAGGGAGCAGGUCUAGGGGAGGAGGAGUGAAUGGAUCGCUCAGCUUAGGCCACACCCAAGUGGAAGUGCUUCCUGCCAUCCUAAUGGAGGGCCGGGAGGGAGGCAGCUUGUGAUUCGGGUCUAGAAUCGGAAGGAAUCCGAGAAUGAGAAAUCUCAGCAUCAUCAGCCUAGAAAUGUCUUUUGGAGCCAGGGAGCCAGUGGAAAUCAUUUAGGGAGGGAAUGGAGAGCCAGAGGGAGUCUGGGCAUUGAAUGUAGGACCUUAAGACAUCUAGAGGUCUGGUCAAAGGAGGAACAAAAGAAUUUAGAACAUUGCAGCUGCGACUGGCUCGGGGGAAGGUGCUGUCCCAGGGAAACAUAAGCAUGUGUUACAUCAGGAGUCUGCAGCAGAUCUUAGACCAAGGACCAUGAUCUGAAUGAAGCAAGAAAGUAAGUGACCAGGAGGUCAGGUCCUUGGGGAAGGCCCUCAAAACCUUCAAGAUUCAAGGAACCUUCCCUCAGCCUCUUGCAGAAGGAGCUGGCAUCCGAUUCUGGACAUGGAUCUGACCAGGCCUUCUCAGAGCUGUUGUAGACUCUCUAAGCUGAUGCUAGUCUUGGAAAACCCGCCAUGUCACCAGGGCCCACUGGUCAGAGGGGAUCAAAAAGGCAGAUGGGUCUUGUCCCAAGUCUGUCUCACAGACCAGAGAGUGAAUCACAGGACUGAAGGUAUUUAGCCACUCCCAGAAUGCGCCUGUGUAUUGGCCAUGUUUCCAGCUUCUGUAAACUGGACACUCUAACACCUGCCUGACUCACAUACACUAGGCAUGCCUGGUUCUAGACAAGCUGGUCAUCUCCGUGCAUCUCUGGGCCUUGACCUCCUCACCCCGCUGCUCCUCAGAGGAGUCCCUCUCCUGAGGGUGUUUCCAGAGAGAAACAAACCAGCCCAGAGUUCAUGUCCCAGCCACCCCUUUGGGGGCUCUCAUGCUCUUGGCCACUGUCUACCUGACCUCUUCACCCUGGGCCAGCCCUGAGCCCCAGAGCCCACUGAAAUUAUUCACUAGAUAAUCUGGAGGCUGCUUAGCCUGCUUAUUCAAACUCACUCAUUCCUUCCUGCAGAAACUACAAGAAAGGCUUUUUUGUUGUUGUUGUUACUGGGGAUUGAACCCAGGGGUGCUUAACCACUCAGCCACAUCCCCAGCCCUUUUUAUAUUUUCUUUAGAGACAGUGGCUUCCUAGGUUGCUCAGGGCCUCACUAAGUUGCUAACACUAGCUUUGAACUUGCGAUCCUCCUACCUCAGCCUCCCACACCUGGGAUUAUAGGCAUGUGCCAACAUGACUAGUUACAAGAAGGGCUCUUGUCCACAGUUCCUCCUCCUUCUGUCUCCUGAUGGACCCCAGUGCUUUUCUGGUGGCCCCAAGGAUGGCAUGCCCCCUCCUCUGGACCUGUGAGUAACAAAUGGUCUUUUCAAUCUUUUCAAUGGCAGUCAUUUCCUGCUCCGUUGGCCUUAUUGUAGCAAGGUAAUAAGCAGACCUAUUAAAACAGAAUUUAUAGUUUACUCAUGUUGUAUCUUCCAAUCCAUGAACACAGUGUAGUUCUUGAUUUAAUUUCAUAAAUUUAAUUAAGUAAAUGUAUUUUACUUCCCUGAAUAAAUUUUGCAGUUUUCAAUGUGCAGGUAUUGCAUAUCUUUUAUUAAAU